GUGUGCGACUGCUGCUUCACUGCCUCUCUUUAUCCAAGGCACAUCCGCUAUCCUUUCCCGUCAACAUGGCGAACGUGCUGGCUGGCGGCGACGGCAUGAUGGGUCAAUUUCCCCUAGAACAAUGGUUCUUCGAGAUGCCCGUAUGCACGCGAUGGUGGAUGACCGCUGCUUUGAGUGCCAGUGUCCUCGUCCAGUGUCGCAUCAUCACCCCCUUUCAGCUGUUUUACAGCUUCCGGACAGUCUUCUAUCGCAGCCAGUACUGGCGCCUCAUUACCACAUUCUUCUACUUCGGCCCCCUCAAUCUCGACCUCCUCUACCACAUCUUCUUCCUCCAACGCUAUUCGCGCCUACUCGAAGAAUCCUCCGGUCGCUCCCCCGCUCACUUCUCAUGGCUCCUCACCUUUGCAUCCACCCUCCUCCUCUGCAUGGCGCCCAUGCUGUCUAUGGCUUUCCUCGGCACAGCCCUCUCCAGCACCCUCAUCUACAUCUGGAGUCGGAAGAACCCAGACACAAUGUUGAGCUUCCUUGGACUUGUCGUAUUUCGAGCACCGUAUCUACCAUGGGUUCUGUUGUGCUUUUCCCUGAUCAUGCACGGCACUGUGCCGAAGGAUGAGAUGUGCGGGAUCGUCGUGGGCCACAUCUGGUACUUCUUCAACGAUGUCUAUCCGCCCCUGCACGGCGGCCAUAGUCCACUCGAUCCUCCUGCGUGGUGGCUCAGGCUUUUCGAAAGACGGCCCGGACCCAUGGAGGAGCCAGCAGAUGAUGACGGCGUCCCAGACCAAGCAGGAGAGCACGCCGACACCAUCGGCCCGGAAGUCGCAGCUCAGUAGGCAGGAUUACAUUCACCAUAGAGUUAAGCGACAACUCAACAUAUCAAGAUACCCUUCUGUACCGGCGUUGGAAAAGGUAGCAUUCAGGUGGGCGCACAUUUUGGGACAUUAGACUUUCUGUGUAAAGCAAUGGCAGCAUCAGAGCAGGGACUGCAUGUGCUCGUACUCCCG